AUGAAGACGAGCCGCCGCGGCCGAGCGCUCGUGGCCGUGGCCCUGAACCUGCUGGCGCUGCUCUUCGCCACCACCGCCUUCCUCACCACGCACUGGUGCCAGGGCACGCAGCGGGUGCCCAAGCCCGGCUGCAGCCAGGGCGGGCGCGCCAACUGCCCCAACUCGGGCGCCAACGCCACGGCCAACGGCACCGCCGCCCCCGCCGCCGCCGGGCACGGCCCCCCUGGCGGCGCGCUCUACAGCUGGGAGACCGGCGACGACCGCUUCCUCUUCAGGAAUUUCCACACCGGCAUCUGGUACUCGUGCGAGGAGGACCUCGGCGGGCUCGGUGAAACAUGCCGCAGCUUCAUCGACCUGGCCCCAGCAUCGGAGAAAGGGGUCCUGUGGCUGUCGGUGGUCUCCGAGGUGCUCUAUAUCCUCCUGCUGGUGGUCGGCUUCAGCCUCAUGUGUCUCGAGCUCUUCCACUCCAGCAAUGUCAUCGACGGGCUCAAGCUCAAUGCCUUCGCAGCCGUCUUCACGGUGCUCUCAGGCCUCCUGGGAAUGGUAGCCCACAUGAUGUACACACAGGUGUUCCAGGUCACCGUGAGCCUCGGCCCUGAAGACUGGAGACCCCAUUCCUGGGACUACGGGUGGUCAUUCUGCCUGGCGUGGGGCUCCUUCACCUGCUGCAUGGCCGCCUCCGUCACCACGCUCAACUCCUACACCAAGACGGUCAUUGAGUUCCGGCAUAAGCGCAAGGUCAUUGAGCUGGGCUACCGGGAGGAGCCGACCUUCAUAGACCCUGAGGCCAUCAAGUACUUCCGGGAGAGUUGCAAAAUCAAGGCACAGAGAGGUGAAGUGACUUGCCCAAGCUCACACAGCUGGAUCGAGAAGGGGGACGGGAACGAGGAGGAAGACUUCCACUUGGAUUGCCGCCACGAGAGAUACCCAGCCCGACACCAGCCCCACAGGGGAGACUCCUGGCCCCGCAGCCCCGCACAGGAGGCACCGGAGCUGGGCCGCCAGUGCUGGGUCCUGGGGCACUGGGUGUGA